AUGGCCAGACCCAAGUCAGACAUGAUGGAUGAACGAAACGCGCCGCUCAGAAGUCAUCCGCCUGACAAACCUCCGACUCAAGGUAUCACGGACGAGGAUGAUAGCCGUAGCGCUUCUAUUCCGCCGCGCGGAAGUCUGUUUCAAAGCGAGCAACGGGGCCGUUCUCAGGAACGGAACCAGCAACGGAACCGAUCUCUCAGUCUUUUCAAGCGACGAGAUCAUUCCGAGCUGCCUCCCAUCCAGACCAGUAGCCUGGCAGGGUUUAUUCCAAAGUCCUCGACUGGUCCUUUGGAUAAUUCGGAUACGGACUUUAGCGAAGAGCGGCCUUUCCUGCCCAAGCUUUCUGCCAUAUCUCCCUUCCAUUCGAACGAAGCCACCAUUCCCCGAAAGGAAAAGCAGGGAGAUGGUCAGACGCAGUACGAUGACUCCCAAGACGCCAAGGACGAGGAGGAAUACAACAAGUUUCGCGCAAGCCUGAACAAUAGCUUGGAAGAUGAUUCUCCCAUUGACCCGGAAGACGAACGUGAAAAGUCGGACAGCAUGAUAGCCGAACAGAAAGAUCAAUCUGCUUGCUGGUAUCAAGGCCCAGGAAGAUCGACGCGGCCGCUCCAGGCGGACUCCGACCCCCCGGACCACCCUCAAAUUGGUCCUAAUGCGGCUUCCGAAGCUGAAACGCAUGAUUCCACCGUCAGCGAGAGCAAAGACUGCGUCGUUGAUCUUAAAGAAAAAGACGACCUUUCUCUUCCGGAGACAUUGAAACCCAUUGCCUCUUUCCAGGAAGAGAGCGAAGAAUCUCUCGAUUGCCUCAUCGAUGAACUGGAGGCCGAAGAUGGAAAGGAACCUGACGUGGACGCAAUCACUAUCCGAGCUGGGGAAAUUUGCCAAUGCCCUCCUGAGCUGCUGGAGACUAAGGUCGACGAGGGUCUCAAUGACGCAGAGGUGGCCGUUCGGCGCAAGAAGUAUGGCUGGAAUCGCAUGAAGGAACAGAAACGGAAUCACUUCAUCAAGUUCAUUUCCUUCUUCAAUGGCCCGGUCCAGUGGGUCAUGGAGGUUGCCAUUGUCCUAGCCGGCUGCUUGCAAGAUUGGAUUGAUUUCGGAAUCAUCUGUGCCUUGCUCGUAUUGAAUGCCGUGGUCGGAUUUGCCCAGGAAUAUCAGGCGGGCAACAUUGUCGAGAGCCUUAAGGAAACUCUUGCCCUGAGAGCUCUGGUUAGGUCGUGCUUGGUGAUAUCAUUCUCUCUGGAAUCACGGGGGAAAUCUCUCGCUGUUGAUAAACACGAGGGCGAUCUUAUCUUUGCUUCGUCAGCGGUCAAACGCGGUACUGGGCACAUGGUUGUGACUGCCACUGGUGAUCAUACCUUUGUCGGAAACGCAGCCGUCCUGGUGAAUAAGGCCGGCAAUACCGCUGGCCACUUCACUCGUGUCUUGCGCGCAAUGGCUCGUAUUCUUCUGAUUCUCGUGCUUUUAACGCUUCUGGUUGUCUGGAUUAGCAGUUAUUAUCGCUCAAACCCGAUUGUCCAGAUACUUGAGUUCACGCUUGCAAUCACUGUGAUUGGUGUCCCCGUCGGUCUUCCCGUGGUUGUCACCACAACAAUGGCUGUUGGUGCGGCUUACCUGGCAAAACACCAGGCUAUCGUGCAGAAUCUCUCAGCUAUCGAGUCGUUGGCUGGAGUGGAGAUCCUCUGUUCAGACAAAACGGGCACACUCACCCGCAACAGACUAACAUUGGGAGAUCCAUACAUAGUCCCUGGAAUGAGUGCAGAAGAGCUUAUGCUGACUGCAUGCCUUGCAGCCAAUCGAAAGAAAGGCGGGAUCGAUGCUAUUGACAAAGUGUUCAUCAAAGGUCUCCGCCACUACCCGAGGGCUAAAGCUCGGAUCGCCUUGUACAAGACUCUCGAGUUCUUUCCAUUCGAUCCAGUGUCAAAGAAAGUGACUGCAUAUGUGCAGUCUCUGAAUGGUGAGAAGAUGCUCUGUAUGAAGGGUGCUCCUAUGACCAUCCUGAGAAAAGUGGAGAGCGACACCACCCUGUGCGAGCCGUUCUGCAAGGAAUAUGAGGCAAAGGUCACUGAGUUCGCCAGCCGAGGAUUCCGUGCACUCGGAGUUGCCCGCAAGCGUCAAGGACGACCAUGGGAGAUUCUCGGAAUCAUGCCAUGCUUGGAUCCCCCACGCUAUGACACUGCUAAGACGGUUUCCGAGGCCCAAGACCUGGGGCUUUCCAUCAAGAUGCUCACUGGAGAUGCAGUGGCCAUCGCGCGCGAAACGGCACGUAGACUCGGUCUCGGAACAAACAUCUACAAUGCUGAGCGACUUGGUGUCACAGGCGCCGGUUCCAUGUCUGGCUCGGAAGUGAAUGACUUUGUUGAGGCCGCUGACGGCUUCGCGGAAGUCUACCCUCAGCAUAAGUACAGUGUAGUUGAGAUCCUCCAGCGACGUGGCUAUCUGGUGGCAAUGACUGGCGAUGGUGUGAACGAUGCUGCUUCGCUGAAGAAGGCAGACACGGGAAUUGCGGUUGAGGGCGCAUCCGAUGCGGCCCGUUCUGCUGCUGAUAUUGUCUUCCUGGAACCUGGUCUGUCCGCAAUUAUCGCAGCGAUCAAGAUCGCUCGCCGAAUUUUCCACCGUAUGUACUCAUAUGUGGUGUUCCGGAUCGCCCUGUCCAUUCAUCUGGAACUCCUUUUCGGACUGUGGAUGGUAAUCAAGAAUGAGACCCUCGACCUCCGCCUUGUUGUCCUCCUCGCCAUCUUUGCCGACAUUGCAACCUUGGCUAUUGCAUAUGACAACGCUACUUAUUCCCAAUCGCCUGUGAAAUGGAACCAGCCAAGACUCUGGGGAGAAUCAAUCGUGCUAGGGUUCAUUCUAGCAGUGGGUACCUGGGUGACGCUGGGCACCAUUCUGUUGCAGGGCGAAGACGGAGGUGUUAUCGAAGGCUGGGGUUCACGAGAUGAGGUCUUAUUCCUGGAGAUCUCUCUGACUCAGAGCUGGUUGAUUCUGAUAACACGCAUCAAUGGAUCUGGAUCGAGCUCGUUCUGGGCCAACUGCCCGUCGUUAUACCUUCUCGCCGCCGUGGGUUCCGUCGAUCUGACUGCAACCAUGAUGGCCGCAUAUGGAGUCUUCGGUCAAGCCACAUCCUGGCUAACCGUCCUCCGUGUGUGGAUUCUUUCCUUUGGGGUGACAUGUGUGAACGCGCUGGCUUACAUCGUGAUGCAUAACUCGCAAAGGUUCGACAACCUUAUGCAUGGCAAAGGCCCUCGAAAGAGGGACAGGCAGCGCUCGUGGGAAGACUUUGGUCUUGACAUGCAGCGAAUGGCUAAACAGCAUGAGAAGACCAGUUAG